UAGGGGGUGGAGCCUCUUCCAUUACUGCCUUACUGCUGGUCCCGAGGUUCCCGGGCGCACCACUAGCAGCGGCUUCUGGGUUGGGGUUCGCAUCCCCACGCCGGCUGCUGGGCGCUGCCGAGAGCCGGGGCGCCCGGGAUUUGGGUCCGUCGGUGCCGCCCCCCGGCCGAGGCGCGGAAGUGGGACGCCCUGGCCUCGGGGCCACUGUCCUCGCUUUCCCUGCAUUGUCGCGAACGCAGUCCGCGUCGGCCGGGGCGAUGAGUGCCAACGAGGACCAGGAGAUGGAGCUGGAAGCAUUACGUUCUAUUUAUGAAGGAGAUGAAAGUUUCCGAGAAUUAAGUCCAGUUUCUUUUCAAUAUAGGAUAGGUGAAAAUGGUGAUCCCAAAGCCUUCUUAAUAGAGAUUUCCUGGACAGAAACAUAUCCCCAAACACCUCCAAUUAUAUCUAUGAAUGCUUUUUUUAACAACACCAUAUCAUCAGCUGUAAAGCAGAGUAUAUUAGCCAAGUUACAGGAAGCAGUGGAAGUCAACCUUGGAACAGCAAUGACCUACACAUUGUUUGAAUAUGCCAAGGACAAUAAAGAGCAGUUCAUGGAGAAUCACCAUCCUGUUACUUUUGCAACAACAACAAGCAGUACAAUCUCAGUUGAAACUCCUAAUACAAACUCGUCAAGUAAGAAAAAAGACAAAAAAGAACAACUUUCAAAAGCCCAGAAACGUAAGCUGGCAGAUAAAACAGAUCACAAAGGUGAACUUCCUCGGGGUUGGAACUGGGUUGAUGUUGUCAAGGUUUUCUUCUUUCUUUUUAAAUAAUGAAAAGUCUGGGCAGUGCCUGUGGCUCAAAGGAAUAGGGUGCCGGCACAAUAUGCCCAAGAUGGCGAGUUCAAGCCCAGCCCCGGCCAAAAACUGCAAAGAAAAAAUAAGAAAAAGAAAAAUCUGCAAAAGUUAUGAUGACAGUAUAGCAUGACUCUUUAUUUAAGCAAAACUGGCUCUAAAGAUGAUGAAUAGUGCUUGGAAUCUGAGACAAGGAAAGAAGAUCCUUUACAAAGUGAACUGGGUUCACAAUCUUUCAUUACUAUUUUAUGGUAUCAAGGUGGCUUUUAUAAAACAAUUUUUUGUAUGUUUCCUACAUUUAAAAUGUUGUAAGCUGAAAGUUC